AAAACCUGCUGCCGACUUGGAGCACGGCUCUUUUCUUUCUCCCUUGUCGCUUGGGCCGUGGCCUCGCGGCGCUUUUCUUUCUCCUGCCAUUGCCCUUGACUCCUCGCCCCCUCCAAGCGGCUCACGACCUCCCUAUAUAAUCCGCUACCGCCGGCGUCCACGGUCCACCACCAAACGCAACCAAGUAUUCACAGUCUUCGCUCCGCUUGAAGAUAGCACGCAAGCCCUCAGAGCGAGAAGGCCAACGAGAGACAGGGGGAGCAAUCAAGAUGUGCGGCGGUGUGAUCCUCGCCGAGCUCAUACCGAGCGCGUCGGCGCGGAGCGUCACGCCGGGACACCUCCGGCCGGCGGGCAACGGCAGAAAGUGCCAGAGGGGAGCCCCCGCGGCCGGUGACGACUUCGAGGCGGCCUUCCGGGAGUUCGAUGAGGACUUGGAGGAGGAGAAACAGGACGACGAGGUGCCGGAGCCGGAGCGCAAGACGUUUGGGAAGGCCUCGGACCGCCGCAGGAGGCCGAGACAGUACCAAGGCGUCCGGCGCCGGCCGUGGGGCAAGUGGGCGGCCGAGGUCCGCGACCCCGUCAAGGGCGUCCGCGUCUGGCUCGGCACCUUCCCCACCGCCGAGGCCGCCGCGCGCGCCUACGACCACGCCGCGCGCGACCUCCGCGGUGCCAACGCCAAGCUCAACUUCCCAACCUCCCCUGCCGCCGCGCCGCGCACCCGCAAGCGCCGCGCCGCUGCCAAGGCGACGCCGUGCGUUGACCUCGUCAACGAGGACCAUGUUCUAGGCGCGCGAGCGCCGUCCGCCAAGAACGAGGCCGAGGACAGCGAGAGCUCCGGCGCUAGCAGCUGCAGCGCCCUGCCGGAUUUCUCGUGGCAGGGCCUGUCCGCGUCCGACGACGCCGCGGUGCAGCCUGUUGAUCUCGACUUCGAGCCAUACCAGUCCAUCGAGCUCGAAUACGGCUCCAAGAAGCGGGCCCGGAGCGAGCGCCAGGAAGACGAGGAGGAGGCGCCACCAGCGGCGUCCGAGGAAUCCCCCGACCUACUGUUCGACACUUUCAUGCUCGGCGACCAGCUCGGUUUCUUCAACGGCGGCCCGUACGAGUCGCUGGAAAACCUGUUCGGCGUCGAUGCUGUGCAGAGCAACGAGAGUAUUGGGCUCUGGAGCUUUGACGACGGCCUUCUCGUUGAUGACACCGUGUGCUUUUAGGCUUUGCUUCUUCCUUCUCCUUGUUCAUCUUGUAAAAAUGGAGAAGUUUUGGGUCCCUCGUGUUGCACUUCAGCUUGCUGGUUUCACAGGAGUCGAUGGACUGGUGGGCAGUUCGGCCUCUUGGGCUUUUCUGUUCACUCAGAUCGCUCAAUAGGUCCGCUACCAACCCAAGUGCGAUUUUGGGUUGAGGCAGCCUGCUGGACAUCACUGUGAUGCAGAGGAGCUCGUGUAGUCGUGUGUUGUCACUUGUCAGUAUACGCGCCGCUGGUGCGAUGUAUAGUAUGAAUUCCACGGACAGAUGAAACGCAAGUACUACAAUGUACAAGUUCUUAUUCAAACGCAACUUGGACUGCAAAUUCCGUCGCCGCAGACAAGUUGCAUCGUCACUGUGAACUCACGGAGUCGUGGGAUGUUUUUCGAAGCAAAUUCUAUAAUACUUGUUCAGAAAGAUUAUUGUAAAAUUCUAUUUAUAUUA